AUGCCUUUACGGACGAGGAAGAAGCAGUUGACGUUCACUGUUCCCAUACCUACCUUUUCUCCACCCAGAGCAGAGGAAUGGAAUCCAAAGAAAGAACACAGAAGAACUAAUACCAUCGAGAGUAAUCAGACAGAUGCAAGGGAAAGUACAUCUGGUUCCUCGGAUUCACGAGACGGAGCCAAGCUCGAAGCGCAGAAGCCAAAACGUCGGAAACCUUGGUACAAGAGGUUGAAUCCUCUAAAGCAAUCACGUAAACCUCCAUCUCCAGUGGAACGCACUGUCUCUCGUGAAUAUGGCGCGAGUCUCUGGAGUCUUUUCACAUUCAGGUGGAUGUCUCCACUUAUGGCUGUCGGAUACCAGAGGCCCCUCGAGAUUGCCGACAUCUGGCUUGUCAACCCCAACCGUUCGGCGGAGAUCCUUACCGCUAAGGUGCAAGCUUCCUACAAGAAGCGCUUCAAGCGGGGAGACCGACACCCCUUGCUGUGGGCCAUGCACGAGACAUUCAAGAUCGAGUUCUGGCUUGGCGGCAUCUGCCAACUCUUCGCCAACAUACUUGCGGUCGUCUCCCCAUACACGCUGCGGUACCUGAUCAAGUUCGCCGCGGAGUCCUACGUUGCGAGCUUAGAGCAUACGAAGGGGCCAAGCAUAGGCAAAGGGGUCGGGCUGGUCCUCGGCAUCACCGCCAUGCAAAUGCUACAAAGUAUGGGAACCAGUCAUUCUCUCUACUUCGGUAUGAUGGUCGGCGGUCAAGCACGCGCUGUCUUAAUUGCCAUGAUUUUCGACAAGUCGAUGAGAGUCUCAGGGCGAGCGAAGGCGGGUGGGAAGGCUAUCACCGAGGCUGGGGAGACCAAAUCUCACCUCGAUCAAGUUGUCGACAUUGGAAAAGAAAAGAUGAAUCAGCGGACGAAGAAAGAGAAGAAGAAGCCCGUUCCGAAGCAUACUCCCGGCAUUACAGGCGAUGGCUCGGGCUGGGGCAAUGGGCGGGUAGUCAACCUGAUGUCGGUUGACACUUACCGCAUUAGUCAGGCAUCAGGAAUGUUUCACAUGAUCUGGACUGCACCGGUCUCUAUUAACCUUACGCUCGUCCUCCUGUUGGUCAACCUGGGCUACAGCGCUCUGUCCGGGUUUGCCCUGCUUCUGGUCGGCCUACCUUUUCUAGGGAAAGCGGUAAAGUUCUUGUUCACUCGCCGCAAAGCUAUUAGUAAGAUCACCGACCAGCGAGUCAGCUUGACGCAAGAAAUCUUGCAAGCUAUGAGAUUCGUCAAGUUUUUCGGAUGGGAGAGGUCGUUCAUGAACCAGAUCAAUGAGAUCCGCGGAAGAGAAGUUCGAUCCAUUCAAAUCCUCCUCGCUAUCCGGAACAUCAUUGCUACAGUCUCCAUAUCCAUGCCUAUCUUCGCCAUGAUGCUGUCAUUUGUUACCUUCUCUUUGACUAGCCACAAGCUCGACCCCGCGGCAGUGUUCUCGUCGGUUGCUUUAUUCAACGCUCUCCGGAUGCCUCUCAGCAUGCUUCCUGUUACUAUUGGACAAGUGGUUGACGGCCGAGCCGCGCUUGAACGGAUCCAAGACUACUUAUUAGCGGAGGAGAUGGAGAAGGAUGGUAAAGUCAACACUAAGACGGUAGAGGCAGUCCAGGUGAAGAACGCGGACUUCACAUGGGAACGUACUCCCACUGCCGACCCUGCUCAGGCAAAAGCGAAGAAGAUUGCCGAGGCGAAGGCUCAAGCCAAAGCUGCAACAAAGGGAGCGAAGCAAAGUGCCAAGGAAAAGGAGAGUGGACUCGUCACUAGCACAAAGAAUCUUGACCAGGAUGAUUCUUUUGAAACCAGUGAGACGAGGCGGCCAUUCCAGCUCCAUGAGAUGAGUUUUAAUGCUCAGCGCAACGAAUUGAUCGCUGUAAUUGGUGGAGUCGGCUCAGGAAAAUCCUCCCUUCUGGCAGCUUUGGCCGGGGAUAUGCGGAGAACGAACGGCCAGGUCAUCUGGGGAGCAUCGAGGGCUUUCUGUCCACAAAACCCAUGGAUCCAAAACGCGACUGUAAGGGACAACAUCCUUUUCGGAAAAACCAUGUACGAAGGCUGGUACAAGAAAGUUGUGCAGGCCUGCGCUUUGACCACGGAUCUUCACAUGCUCCCGGAUGGCGAUGCUACGGAGAUUGGAGAGCGUGGAAUCACAGUAUCCGGCGGUCAGAAACAACGCUUAAACAUCGCACGCGCAAUCUACUUCGAUGCAGAAGUUGUGCUACUGGAUGAUCCGCUCAGUGCAGUGGAUGUGCAUGUUGGACGGCACAUUUUCGACAAUGCCAUAUGUGGUCUUUUGAAAAACAAAUGCCGUAUCCUGGCUACACACCAACUGAAUAUCCUCCACAGAUGCGACAGAGUCAUCUGGAUGGAAAACGGACGCAUCCGAGCGUUUGACACCUACGAUAAGCUCAUAAAAAGGAAUCAGGACUUUGCCAAAAUGAUGCUUACCACAGCUUUGGAGAAGCAGACAGAAGUAGCAGAAGCUGCCAAGCAAGAAGAGGCUAUCGAGGAAACGAAGCCUGAAGAAGCGAAGAAAGCCUUGGCCACCAAGAAGAAGACCCAGCUGAUGCAGGCCGAAGAGCGGGCAACGAAGAGUGUGCCCUGGAGUCUAUACAUGGCAUAUAUCCGAGCAUCAGGCACCAUCUUAACCGCGCCGCUCAUCGUGUUCUUGCUGGUUCUCGCGCAAGGCACAAACAUCGCAACCAGCCUCUGGCUCUCCUACUGGAUCUCUAACAAAUUUGGCUACAGAAACGGCGUCUACAUCGGCAUCUACGCGGCCUUGGGAGUCUCACAGGCUCUGCUGAUGUACUUCUUCGCCAUAACCCUUGCUUUGUUGAGCACCAGGUCCAGUAAAACCAUGCUCAACCAAGCCAUGAAGAGCGUUCUUCGGGCGCCUAUGUCAUUCUUCGAUACAACGCCCAUGGGCCGUAUCACCACUCGCUUCUCCAAGGAUAUCGAUCAGAUGGACUUUGAGCUGACGGAUGCUAUACGGCUCUACUUCGUCACGCUAGCAAUGAUCGUCUCCAUCUUCACUUUGAUCAUUGUCUAUUUCCACUACUUCGCAAUCGCCCUUGCACCUCUCUUCCUCCUCUUUCUUUUCUACACUUCUUACUACCGCGCCUCCGCCCGUGAGAUCAAACGCCAUGAAUCUGUCCUCCAAUCAGUCGUCUUCGCCCGCUUCAGCGAGGCCCUGUCCGGAAUCGCAUCCAUUCGCGCUUACGGUCUCGAAGACAUCUUCGUAGACAAACUCAAAGCUACGAUUGACAACAUGAACAGUGCUUACUUCCUCACUUUUGCGAAUCAGCGCUGGCUGUCAGUCCGUCUCGACCUGGUCGGCAAUAUCCUCAUCUUCACGGCAGGUAUGUUGGUGGUGACUUCGCGCUUCGACGUUUCGCCUUCGAUUGCUGGGCUAGUGCUUUCGUAUAUCCUGAGUAUUGUACAGAUGAUACAGUACAUCGUCCGGCAAUUCGCUGAGGUAGAAAACGCGAUGAAUGCUACCGAGCGCUUGCAUUACUAUGGAACGAAGUUAGACUCGGAAGCGCCUCUGCACCUUGCUCAGAUUCCUCCAUUCUGGCCGGCAACAGGCGAAAUCACAUUUUCCAACGUUCACAUGCGUUAUCGGGCCGAUCUGCCUCCGGUGUUGAAAGGAAUCUCGAUGUAUAUCCAGGGCGGCGAGCACAUUGGAAUUGUCGGCCGAACAGGCGCCGGGAAGUCCAGUAUCAUUACCACACUUUUCCGGCUCAACGAGAUCUCUAGUGGCUCCAUAAUAAUCGACGACCAAGACAUCGCGCGCGUUGGUCUUCAAGACCUCCGCUCCCGCCUCACAAUCAUCCCUCAAGACCCCAACCUCUUCAAAGGCACCAUUCGCUCCAAUCUCGACCCCUUCUCCCAAUACACAGACCUAGAGCUCUGGUCCGCCCUUCGCCAAUCCACCCUCAUCCCCGAAGACGACAUCUCCAUCACCUCUCGCAAAUCUGGCUACAUCCACUUGGACGACGUUGUCGAAGAAGAGGGCGCGAACUUCUCCCUCGGGCAACGUCAGCUCAUGGCCUUAGCCCGCGCAUUGGUGCGGAAUUCGCAGAUCAUAGUCUGUGAUGAGGCUACCUCGUCGUUGAACAUGGAGACGGAUGUGCAGAUUCAGAGAACGAUGCAGACGGCUUUUAAGGGGAAGACGUUACUGUGUAUCGCGCAUCGGCUGCGGACGAUAAUCAAUUACGACAGGAUUUGUGUGAUGGAUCAGGGUCACGUCGUGGAGCUGGAUACGCCGAGGAAUCUGUUUGAGCAGGGGGGCAUUUUCAGAGAGAUGUGCGAUCAGGGGGGAAUUCGGGUGGGGGAUUUCCCGCGGAAGACGUUGUGGGAUCAUGUGCUGGACGGGUUUAAGGAUGAUAAGAUUAGGAGGGGUUGGAGUUAG